UGAACAUGGCUGCCUGUGAUGAAGGAGUUUAUUUUGUGCUUAAUAACAUUCCUGUUCACUUCCGAUCUGCUGAUCUGAGGAAUUAUUUCAGUCAGUUUAUAGAAAGCGGAGGAUUCGUGUGUUUCCAUUACCGACACCGACCUGAGAUCAGACUCAAACCGGCUCAGACUGAGGGGCCACCAGGGGCCACAACAACAACAACAGCAGCAAGAGCAGGGGCCCCAGAGCAGAUCCAAGCAGAUCAGAGUGAGAACGGUAGUGUAGAUGAAGCCAGUGAUGAUAAACCCAGUACUAGUGAUGACAUAGCAAGUACUAGUGAUGAUAAACCCAGUACCAGUGAUGAUAAACCCAGUACCAGUGAUGAUAAACCCAGUACCAGUGAUGAUAAACCCAGUACCAGUGAUGAUAAAGCCAGUCCAGGUGAGCAGAAGGGUGAUCAGGUGUGCUGCUGUGUGGUAUCAGUGAGACCCCAGGACUCUGACAGGUUCGGGAAGAUGUACGCUGGAAACCAGUGGAUCGAUUCUAAGGGAAACUGGUUAUCAAAGCGCUGCCUGAUCCGGAGAAUUAAAGUGUCCGACCACACAGAUCCUGACCUCUUCCCUUAUAAGACGAAGGCCGAGCUGAGGCGGCCCACGGCACACGGCGGUCUCUUCACCAGGGCCCACCUGAAGGCGCUGCCCGAGCUCAACCCGCCCGCCCUGAUGCCGGCGGGUAACGUGGGCACCCGGGUCACAGUGUUCCUUCAGCUCAUCCAGUCGUGCCGCCUGCCGCCUCGCCUCAUCCGCAGACUCGGCCUCACCUUCCCCAAAACCGGCUCCAACCGGCGCUACGGCAACGUGCCGUACCACUACAAGACCGGCGUGGUGGCCGCCGGCGAGGAGAGCGUGUUCACCGCCGGGGGAGCCGAAAUCUGCGGGCCUGGCAGAGUCGCCCCUCCGAAAAGCCCCGGGAGAGCAGGACGGGGGCGGGGAGAGCGCCCGGUUAGGGAGGAGACGCCCGAGAGGGACAGCGAGGAGGAGCAGUCAGGACCCGAUGAUGACGAUGACCGGUGUGAGGAGUGGGAGCGACACGAGGCUCUACACGAGGACGUAACCUCUCAGGAGCGCAGUAAGGAGCGUCUGUAUGAAGAAGAGAUCGAGCUGAAGUGGGAGAAGGGAGGAUCAGGACUGGUUUUCUACACCGACGCUCAGUACUGGCAGGAGGAAGAGGGAGAUUUCGACGAGCAGACGGCGGACGACUGGGACGUGGACAUGAGCGUGUACUACGACAAAGACGGAGGUGACAUGGACUCCAGAGAUUACGUCCGGAUGCGCUACGAGACCCGGCUGAGGGCCGGUGAGGAGCAGGAGAGCUGCCAGAGGAAAAUCGGCACCUUCGAGAGGUUUACCAAGGGCGUGGGGCGGCGGGUGAUGGAGAAGCAGGGCUGGAAGGAGGGUGAAGGUCUCGGACAUUCCAGUAUAGGGAUGUCUGAGGCUCUGGAGAACGAGGGCCAGCACCCCCACUGCAGGAGAGGAUUCGGGUAUCAUGGAGAGAAGCUCAGCUCCUUCCAGCCUCAGAAAAAACCUCGGACCGAGUUCCACAUAUCCACCGUUUACGACGAGCCUAAAGACGUGGACCGGGGCGACACUUUGUACCGCCGACAACACCCCGCUAGCAUGAAACACUCACGCCGGCGGGCGGGGGGCAGCGACCAGCCCGGCAGCUAAUUCCAUCCACUUCAGCCGCUUUUCCAGUGCACACUUUUAAACCCGGUCCCGAUCUCAUGACUGUAAUAAGAUCUCAGAAAGCCUCCCUGGGUCAGAGGACCCCCGGCAGGGGUGCAUCACACUGAGAACCGUGCAGCGUUUCUAUAACUAGGCUGUUUGGCUCCCUCCCUCAGACACAGCCAAUCAUGUCUGAGAGCACAGCUGGGAUUUGAACCCAGGAUCAGAUGCUGUGAGGAUGUUAGCAGUGUUUUAUCAGGAUGAACUGAAACUCACAGUAACAGUUUCUUACUAUAAAUAAAUAAACAUCAGGAAACUUUAUCUACAGAAUCUACAGGUUUUAUAAUAUAAUUUUAUUUUUUUAUUUAAAUGUUUUAUAUACAUUUUAUAAAUGCAGAUUUAUUUUGUUCUGCUCAAAAAUAAAAAUUAAACUGGAAAUUU